AACUUAUCUGAUGGCUUAUCUUCUCCAGCCACUCCCACAGCUGUCCACUUUGUUCGACUCUCGCCGGAGCCAUAAAAAGUCGACCAUUCCUCGCGCCGUCGCCGUUUCUUCCACUUCAACCAACGGUGAGCAUCUCCUUCGUCGGGUUUCCGGUUUAUGUGAAACCGGAAACCUCCACGAGUCCUUUCAGGUCAUCGAGGAGUUCGACAGAGAGGAGAAAUCAUCAUCUGAUGCGUUUCUUCUUCUCCGAGAAGCUCUCGGGCUUCUCCUACAAGCUUCCGGAAGGAGAAAAGACAUUCAACUAGGGAGAAAGAUCCACCAGCUUGUUUCUGAGUCGGCUCGGUUAAGCAAUGACGAUGUUCUCUGCACACGUGUCAUCACCAUGUACUCCAUGUGCGGUUCUCCUGAUGAUUCUCGGUCUGUGUUUGAUGCCUUGCGGAAGAAGAAUCUCUUCCAGUGGAACGCUGUCAUCAGCUCUUACUCAAGAAACGAGCUUUACCACAACGUUCUAGAGAUGUUUGUGAAGAUGAUCACAGAGAGUGGUCUUUUACCGGAUAACUUCACUUUCCCUUGUGUGGUUAAGGCUUGUGCUGGGGUUUCGGAAGUCCAGGUCGGGCUUGCGGUUCAUGGGUUGGUAGUGAAAACCAGAUUGGUAGAAGACGUUUUCGUAAGUAAUGCGUUGGUGUCUUUCUAUGGAACACACGGUUCUGUUUCUGACGCGUUGAGAGUCUUUAAAAUAAUGCCUGAGAGAAACUUGGUGUCAUGGAACUCAAUGAUUCGAGUGUUCUCUGACAACGGUCUCUCGGAAGAAUGUUUCUUGCUUCUUGGAGAAAUGAUGGAGAAAGAUGAUGAAAUUGCGUUUACGCCGGAUGUUGCUACACUCGCUACUGUGUUACCGGUUUGUGCUAGGGAUAGAGAGAUAGGAGUAGGAAAAGGUGUUCAUGGGCUGGCAAUGAAACUGAGUUUGGACAAAGAAGUUGUCGUUAACAACGCCUUAAUGGACAUGUACUCCAAAUGUGGUUGCAUAAACGAUGCACAAGUUAUCUUUAAACUGAACAAUAACAAGAAUGUGGUUUCUUGGAAUACAAUGGUGGGAGGUUUCUCAGCAGCGGGGGAUAUUCAUAAGACUUUUGAUCUUCUCAGACAGAUGCUGGCAGGAGGUGGAGAUCUCAGAGCAGAUGAAGUAACCAUUCUAAACGCAGUACCAGUUUGUUUCGAAGAAUCAGUCUUACCGAACUUAAAGGAACUUCAUUGUUACUCCUUGAAACAAGAGUUUGUACAUAAUAAUGAGUUAGUAGCCAAUGCCUUUGUUGCUUCUUACGCAAAGUGUGGCUCGCUGAGUUAUGCACACCGUGUGUUUUGUAGCAUAAGGAGUAAAACAGUGAACUCUUGGAAUGCUUUGAUUGGCGGCUACUCUCAGAGCAGUGAUCCUAGGCUGUCCUUGGAUGCAUAUUUUCAGAUGAAAAGUUCUGGAUUGUUGCCUGAUUUGUUCACUGUUUGUAGUCUUCUUUCAGCUUGUUCUCAGAUAAAAUCCUUAAAGUUGGGAAAGGAAGUGCAUGGGCUUAUAAUCCGAAACUGGUUAGAAAGAGAUUCGUUUGUUUAUAUAUCGUUACUCUCACUUUAUAUUCACUGUGGGGAGUUAAGCACUGCACAUGUGUUAUUUGACGCAAUGGAAGAUAAAACCUUAGUAUCUUGGAACACUAUGGUCAAUGGUUACCUUCAGAACGGGUUUUCUGAGAGAGCUUUGAGUCUCUUCAGACAAAUGGUUUUGUACGGAGUCCAACCUUGUGAGAUCUCUAUGAUGAGCGUGUUUGGUGCUUGUUCGCUUCUACCGUCUCUUCGGCUGGGGAGAGAAGCGCAUGGUUACGCUUUGAAGCGCCUCCUCGAGGACAAUGCGUUUAUCGCAUGUUCAGUCAUUGAUAUGUACGCCAAGAACGGUUCUGUAACGCAAUCGUUUAAGGUUUUUAACGGUUUGAAGGAGAGAAGUGUGGCGUCAUGGAAUGCUAUGGUAAUGGGAUAUGGAAUACAUGGGAGAGCAAAAGAAGCUAUCCAACUCUUUGAAGAGAUGCAGAGAACAGGUCAUAGUCCUGAUGAGUUAACAUUCUUGGGUGUUCUAACGGCUUGUAACCACAGCGGUCUGGUCCAUGAAGGGCUGAGGUAUCUGGAUCAGAUGAAGCACUCUUUUGGGAUGAAUCCCACUUUGAAGCAUUAUGCUUGUGUCAUCGACAUGUUAGGCCGAGCUGGGAAGCUAGACGAGGCGUUAAAGAUUGCCACUGAAGAGAUGUCUGAGGAGCCUGACGUUGGGAUUUGGAACUCUCUGCUAAGCUCGUGCAGAAUCCAUAAGAAUCUGGAGAUGGGAGAGAAAAUUGCUGCUAAGUUAUUCGUGUUAGAACCAGAAAAGCCUGAGAACUAUGUGCUGCUUUCCAACCUAUAUGCAGGAUCAGGGAAAUGGGAUGAGGUGAAGAAAGUGAGGCAGAGAAUGAAAGAGAUGAGUUUGAGAAAGGACGCUGGAUGCUCCUGGAUUGAACUAAACGGGAAGGUUUUUAGCUUUGUUGCUGGUGAAAGUUCCUUGGAUGGUUUUGAAGAAAUCAAAAGAAUUUGGAGUGUACUGGAGAGAGAGAUAGGGAAGAUGGGAUACAGACCAGACACAAGUUCGGUACAACAUGAUCUAAGUGAAGAGGAGAAGACUGAACAGUUGAGGGGACACAGCGAGAAGCUUGCCAUUACCUACGGGUUGAUCAGAACUUCGGAAGGAACAACUCUUAGAGUUUACAAGAACCUAAGGAUUUGUGUGGAUUGCCACAAUGCGGCUAAGUUAAUCUCAAAGGUUAUGGAAAGGGAGAUAGUUGUGAGGGACAACAAAAGAUUUCAUCAUUUCAAGAAUGGGUUCUGUUCUUGUGGAGACUACUGGUAACUGGUGCAGUGGUGCUCUAUAUAAAUCAAGUCGGUAAAGACAGAUCAGCAGAACUUAGUUCUUGUACCGAAACAUCUACGCAACUCUGUGUAAGAAGGAAUUUAUAAUGCUAUGACAAAGCUUUGCUCU